AGCAGCGCAAACGUCUAAAACACAAAGAAUGGCCUUCAACAGGGGCUCGGAGCCCAUUACCUUCAACGAAGUGGACGAAGCCAACCAUCCUACAGCCACCUAUGUCUACACUCAAUCAACUCGCUCUCUGCCAUUGGAGCAUGGCAACGGCCGUGCAAACAGCGGACGUAUAGAUCUUCUGCAUGAUCCCUCCAGCUUAUCAACAACUCCGUGGUCUUCCAAGGCAAUACUGGACAUCCUCGUUGACGUCUUCCUCCCCACUGGAUAUCCGCACAGUGUCACUGAAGACUACACCCCCUAUCAAAUCUUUGACUCCCUUCAAGCAUUUAGCAGCUCUAUCGCAGGUCUCCUAUCAUCCAGGGCGGUCUUACAAGGCGUGGGUGUCGGCAACGCUGAUGCAUCACCUACUUCAGCUCUACUCCUCCAUAUCCUCCAAGACUCAUCCGGCCGUAUCGCCACCAUUCUCUUCGCGCAUCGGAUCGGUACCGCGCUCGAGCCAGAAUGUAAGAAAUAUCGGCUUGCGGCAGACAUUUUCAACGAUGCGGCUAUGAUCUUGGACUGUUUUUCGCCCAUGGUCCCAGCGGGUGCUCUUCGAGUUCUCGUACUCAGCACAGCAGGCAUUCUUCGUGCCCUUUGUGGCGUCGCAGGUGGAAGUUCCAAGGCGAGCUUGAGUGCGCACUUUUCUCGAUGGGGCAACCUAGCGCAGGUUAAUGCUAAAGACUCGUCUCAGGAGACUAUCAUCUCUCUCGUUGGCAUGCUGGUUGGGUCCUUCGUCGUCUCGCAUGUGACAGGUUUCGCUGCAACAUGGAUCGCCCUCCUAAUGCUUUUGGCCCUGCAUUUGAGUCUGAACUAUGCAGCCGUCCGCUCCGUUCAAAUGACGAGUCUGAACAGGCAGCGGGCGAACAUUGUCUUCUCCACCAUUCUCAACACUGACGGGGACUUCCUCCAACUGAUGGACCAGGACGCCGGCACUAGCACCAGAACUCACCGCACAACAAUCUCUCCCCACAAGCCGAGUGCGGAUCACGACCGACUGCGAAUCCUCACGCCAUCCCAAGUCGCCAAACAGGAGAAGAUCUUCGAGACAGACGGUGUUCUCAGAUGGUCAUCUCCUGUUCCAACCCAACCAGUGGGGUUGUGCAUCGGCACCUGCCGGAUCGGCGUUUCCCUUCGUCAAUUUCUCCUCGGUCCAUCCUCUUCCUCCUCUUCCUUCUUCUCCUUCUCCUCCCUCGCCCUCAUUUCCACCCAUUCCUCCAAAUCCCUAAAGACUAACAUCCCUCUUCCGCAACUCUCUACCCUCUUCACAGACGAACACUACAUCCUCUUCCUCAGCUUCUUCAAGGGCAAAUGGCACGCCAACAUCCUCCUGAAAUCCAGCUGCACCCCGCAGAGCCAGCUCAAAGGCUGGCUACACGCCUUGCUCGCAGCAAGAGUUCUUUCUUGCAGUCACCCCUCUUCCCCCAACGCAACGCCAUCUGAGAAAGGGAGCGAACCCGAGAUGGAUGGGAGGAGCAUCGGCCUCAUUCUCGACGUUCUUCACCGCACACUGUCCUUUCUGAAUGAAGAUGGCCGGUUCGAGCGGUACAUAGCCGCCCUCGAAAAUGCAGGGUGGGAUCUCACCAUCCGGGCGUUGGAGACGAAGUCGGGCAGAAGAGUUUGUUGAUGUAAACAAAAUCCAGUCAAAUCACAGGAAAAUUUUGUAGUUUGCCCAGCGCCUGGCAACUGGGCCCGCCUGGUGAACGUUCGACUUCCUCUCAUUACCUUGUAAAUCAGAGUCAUGUCCCAGUUUUUUCCUCCAACAGUACACACAAACUUG